UUUCGAAUUUUUUCUCGUUUAAAUUAUAUUUAUAUUGAUAAAAAUGCUUAUCAAAGUUAAGACUUUGACCGGUAAAGAGAUCGAAAUCGAUAUCGAACCGACGGAUAAAGUUGAACGAAUUAAAGAACGUGUUGAAGAAAAAGAGGGAAUACCGCCGGCUCAACAGCGGCUUAUUUUCAGUGGAAAACAAAUGAAUGAUGAUCGAACUGCAAGUGAUUAUAAAGUAACCGGUGGUUCUGUAUUGCAUUUAGUUCUUGCACUUCGUGGUGGCUGUCAAUUUUUUGCAUCAUGAUAAUUCAAUGUUAGAAAAAUCAUCAAUCAUCUUGCUAUAAUAAGAAAAGGUUCUCAUUAAACAAUGUCACACAAAUGUGUUGUUAUUGUCAUCUUUUAA